AUGCUUUGUGCGACAUGCAUGUAUAUGUUUCAGAACAGCGCGAUGCGCGGGCUUUAUCACAAAGAUUAUGAAAGAGUUGCCGCUGCCGCAAAGAAUGGGUGUAGAAUUUGUUACUACCUCAGCCCAAAGCUUCCAUCUGACAACUUGAAGCCUCUAGAAUAUGAAUUCAAGUGGGCGAACUCAUGGGAGCUCCAUUGGGAAAUAUAUUUCUAUGAGUCUGCUGACGGUAACUCCAACACGUCAAUCGACGACGACAGGCCUCCAACCCACUCAGACUGGUGUGUGUUUGUUGAGGUUUCUUCCUCAUCAGACAGUCCAUCUGGUUACAAUGAGUUUCUCGACCUUGUUGCUGCCGAUCUGGAUUCGGACCCCACUCGGGUUCGAACAGACUUCCCUUCUUUGCGAGAUAUCCCAGAUAAUACCGGCCACGAGGAUGUUACACGCGUGGCUAAGAACUGGCUCCAGACCUGUAAGGAUCAUCACAACUGUGGACCUGCCUCCGGCCCACAGGAUGCAGGCUGGUAUCCAAAGCGACUCAUCCAUGUUGGUAACGAACAACAGUCGCCAAGAUUGGUUUUAUCAGAGAACGAGACUCCAGAAGGCGGUUAUGCGGCGUUAAGCCAUUGUUGGGGGGAGAACCCAAACUUUCUCAUGUUAACAACCGACACGUUAUCCGAUUUCUGCAGCGAAAUUCAGUUGCAACACCUUCCCACAAGUUUUCGAGAUGCCAUCAUCACCUGUCGUCGAAUGGGUAUUCCAUACAUUUGGAUCGACUCGCUUUGCAUCCUACAGGCUGGUGACGGUUCGCAUGCAGAUUGGCUCUCACAUUCUGAGGACAUGUAUCGAGUAUAUCUUAACUGCGACUUGAAUAUUUCUAUCGAUGUUUCUCAGAACCCCCAUGGAGGUGCUUUCAGGUCGAGGGAUCCGGCAUAUUUUCAAGAUUGUUACCUCUGGACACCGUUCCACGCCAUGCCCAAAAUUGCACGCCCACCAAGUGCAUCAUCAACAAGAUCGAGUGAGCAUACGUACUCGGAUGAAUUAAUCAAGUCGGGAAUUCCAAACGAAAACGACCAUCAACUAGCUGAUGCAGAAAAGCAGUCAAAGUUCAGGAAUCUUUGCACAAUAUUCACACCAGAUGACUUUUCUUGGGCGAGACUGGACCUUCCCCUUAGUAAAAGGGCAUGGGUGUUCCAAGAGCGGCUCCUCUCACCCAGAACCUUACACUUUGCUUUGGAUCGCAUCUCCUGGGAAUGUGAUAGAAGUCGCAACCUCACGGAAUAUCUCCCCGAAGGUGCUGGAAAUGAUGAAUGGACAGGAUUUGAUUGCCUGUACCAAUCCGCAUAUAGUAUUCGAGAACGCGGAAAUCUUUUCACAUUCUACUAUGACCUUGUGUUACCGUACACGGACCGUCAACUUAGUCAUCCGCAUGAAGACAAACUUGUUGCCUUCGCCGCCGUCGCUCGGCGCUGCGUCUCAUGGUUUGGCAACGACUACUGUGCUGGAAUCUUUCGCAGUACAAUGCCACACGCUCUUCUUUGGGAGAUGUUCCCGGAAGGGCCGAUAAAAAGGUCGAAGGUCUACCGUGCACCAUCUUGGAGCUGGGCGAGCAUGGACUGUCGUGUGAAUUUCAAUAUCACGGACAACGAAGGCGCUGUUCUAUCUAAUGUAGCGGAUAUUACGGUGGAAUUAGUUGACCCGAAAAACCAAUUUGGCCAAGUCAGGUCUGGUUCCUUAACAUUGACUGGACCUCUAGUAGCCUCCGAAGCGCUCAUCCCCAGGGAAUACAAGACGGAAGAGUUCGUAUCCGAAGACUCGUGGGACAAAACUGAAAGGAAGUCUUGGUUGGUUUCUCAAGAGAACAUAUAUCUUCUUGCGAUUUUGGAAACAUCGAGUGAAUCCCAAACUUAUGGUCUCCUAUUGCAGAAGAACCAUGAUGGAAACUUCACCCGAGCUGGAUACUGGGAGGCAGGACUGGGUUUGAACAUCCCAGUUAAGAAGGAAAGAGGGCGGUUCGGUCCGGGCAAUGGCAAGCCCCGAAUCUCGAAGGCUCAGUAA